UGCCAGUUCACCGUACAGUAGAAUUAGAAACAGAAUCAGCUUUAUUGCCAGGCAUGUUUACACAUUCGAGAAAUUUGUUUUAGUGGCAUAAUCUCCACAGUGUAACAGGAUGUCAUAUGCAGUAUAGAAGAAAUUGUGUACACAUUUACAGGAAAGUCCAAGCAUCCUGCAUUGCUCUUACUGUAUUGCUCCAGUCUUGGAAACUCCAAAAGAACUUUGAAACAGCGAGAGUCCAGUGACGACUAGUAACACGUUUCAUCAGCUACAACCACCGCAGCCAAAGAGGAUUUUCAGUGCUGAUGAUCUCCACCACACCAUCACCAGUGACCACAGAAACCUCAGAAACAAUAUGUUCUACAAAGACAGGUUUGACGAAGAAGAGGAGGAUUCAGGGAUUAAAUCAGAGGCUGACGAAAGCAACGAGACCAUCUCCUCCGAAGACGACUUAGACCAUCUCGAAUAUCCAAAGAAUUUCUCUCUGAAGCAAACGAUGACAAAGAAGAGCAUCAGUGAAAUCAUCAAGGACAAGAAGAAACAAACUCAGUUAACACUUCAGUGGCUCGAGGAAAAUUAUAUCGUUUGUGAAGGAGUCUGCUUACCUCGGUGCAUCCUCUAUGCCCAUUACCUAGACUUCUGUCGCAAAGAGAAAUUAGAUCCUGCUUGCGCUGCAACUUUUGGCAAGACUAUACGACAAAAGUUCCCUCUCCUGACCACUCGGAGGCUCGGCACCCGAGGCCAUUCAAAGUAUCAUUACUAUGGCAUUGGGAUUAAGGAGAGCAGUGCUUAUUAUCAUUCAGUGUACUCAGGAAAAGGUCUUACAAGGUUCUCUGGCAGCAAGCUGAAAAACGAGGGAGGUUUCACACGGAAAUAUUCUCUCAGUUCUAAAACAGGAACGUUGCUCCCAGAAUUCCCAAGUGCACAACAUUUAUUGCUUCACGAGUCCAUUUCGAAAGAGAAGGUUGACACCCUGAUCAUGAUGUACAAAACUCACUGCCAGUGUAUUCUCGACAACGCCAUCAGUGUCAACUUUGAAGAGAUCCAGAACUUCUUGCUGCAUUUUUGGCAAGGCAUGCCAGAUCAUCUCUUACCUCUGCUGGAGAAUCCAGUAAUUGUGGAUAUAUUUUGUGUGUGCGACUCUAUAUUAUACAAGGUCCUGACCGAUGUUCUCAUUCCUGCUACGAUGCAAGACAUGCCGGAAAGUCUUUUGGCAGAUAUCCGAACUUUUACAACACUCUGGGAGCCCUGGAUGGUUUCGUCUUUAGAAAAUCUGCCAAAAAUCCUGUCAGAAAAGAAAUUACCAAUAGCUCGGCGCUUCAUCUCCUCCCUAAAACGCCAGACUUCUUUCUUACACCUUGCUCAGAUCGCAAGACCAGCUCUUUUUGACCAGAACGUUGUGACGGCCAUGGUGAACGAUAUCGACAAAGUAGAUUUAAACAGCAUUGGCUCACAGGCGCUCCUCACAAACGCUAACGACCAGGAUCUGGAUUUCUACUCUGAAUACGACUCUGUUGCGGUGUUCCAAGAGUUAAAGGACCUCCUGAGAAAAAACGCCACCGUGGAGUCUUUUAUCGAGUGGUUGGAUUCUGUGGUGGAACAGAAAGUCAUUAAGCCCAGUAAACAGAAUGGCCGCUCAGUGAAGAAACGAGCUCAGGACUUUUUACUGAAAUGGAGUUUUUUUGGUGCCCGUGUGAUGCACAGCCUCACCUUAAACAACGCCACAAGCUUUGGCUCCUUCCACCUCAUCCGUAUGCUUCUGGAUGAAUACAUCCUUCUGGCAAUUGAAACACAGUUCAAUAACGAUAAAGAACAAGAUUUACAGAAUCUCCUGGAGAAGUAUAUGAGAAACUCAGAUGCUAGUAAGGCAACGUUCACCGCGUCCCCGAGUUCAUGCUUCCUGGCAAAUCGUAAUAAAGCAGGGAUCAUGAGCGGCGAUUCAUCAGUGAAGAACGAGACGCAGCAGGAUUACGGACAUCUCUCUCUCCAAGGAACUCAGCAUGGAUUAGGGUCCACAAUAGUGGUGUACCAGGGGACAGACACAGACAGCUUCACACUAUCUGGUCAGCUAGACUACUCCCAGAGCUGCGGUCCACUGAUCACCCCUCCCAUCUCUCCGGCCAUGGCGAACCGAGGCAGCGUGAUCAACCAGGGCCCGAUGGCAGUGAGAUCUCCAAUCAGCUGCCCUGCCCAGUCUCACGCACCCUGCCAGACCUUCCCUGAUGGCAUGUACCAAAGCCUACCUGCCUCCACCUACUACUCCAGCUCCUCCACCUACCAGCCUACGAGCCUGACCCAGACCCACACACCUCCCUCGGCUUACCAGAGUCGCAGCGAGUGCUCACGCUAUCCCUCCUUCAGUAGUCAGCAACUGGUUAAAGACUGCUUCAGUAGCAGCUGCAGUGGUGUAGCUCCAGUUUACAGCUCCAGAGCCUCCUCGGGAAGCUAUCCGUCCACCUCUGAGCCCACCAUCGAAAUGCAGGGAGUGCAGCUGAUGGAUUACGGAUUUACAGGCGGAUGCUCAGGACCAGCGUACACCAGUGCAGCAAACAUAGGUUACUACGGGAACAGCGGCUAUGUGGACACACAGAGGAUGGGCUCUCUAAUCGAUCAGCAUGUAUCAGUGAUCAGCAGUGUGACCUCCUCUCGCUCUGUUCCUGCAUACUCUGAGAUCCACGACCCUCUCAACAUCCUGAACGACACGAGCAGGAAGCCAACGCCGCCUUAUUACCCUGCACAACCUCCUCUAAUUACAUGCUCAGCAGGUUCGUCGAUAGCUGCUCCGAUCCCUUGUUCUGUUUCUCCGUGCAUGUAUGACUCUACUGCUCAAUAUCAGCAUUCUCAAGAUGCCUUGCUACCUCACCACAGUGGUGCUGAGGUGCGGGACAUGGUGUCCUCUCUGCCUCCUAUCAACACCGUGUUCAUGGGGUCAACUGGAGGACCACCGUGACUUGUUAACAUCAACUGCUUGACUUCACUGAUGCGUCUAGUAAACCAAUAAACAUUAAUCCGGUAUGCCACAAACUCUUCAGGUAUACCAGAAUGACUAGAGGAGUGUCAACAGGUCUGUAUUUAAAAAAACAGUGUUUUGGAAAAGAAAGGAAAAAGUUGUACAUAUAAAAUUAUUUAAAUGUAAAUUUUACACAAAUGUAAAUGUAACACAAUGACGCUAUCUAUAUUUAUUUACUGCUUUAAAAACAAAUAGUAAAUGUAACCUGUCUUUAGAUUUAAACUUAAAGUGGCCAUGGCUUAAACCAGUAGGAUGUAUGGAUUUUAUGCCCGUGGGACACUGGGGACUUGAAUACAAAUUAGCAUCGUCAGUAUAGUUUGUGAUGUUUGUGUAGAAAACUGAGAAGGCAAAAAAAAAAAAAAAAAAACAGGAAGGGAGCAAGAUUCUCGAAAAAAAUAUGUUUGGCUACAAUUUUAGUUGAAUUUUUACAACUAAAAUUUACAAUUUUGGUUGAAAUUUACAACUUAAAAAUGUAAACAAGUGGGCACGGUGGCUUAGUGGUUAGCACGUUCGCCUCACACCUCCAGGGUUGGGGGUUCGAUUCCUGUCUCCGCCUUGUGUGU